AUGUGUACACGCGACUGUUACCGAGUGUUUGGUUACUUUUUAGGCUUUUUGUGGAUGGCAACUUCCGUUUAUUACACCACAGAAACGAUCGAACUGCUGAAGUUGAUGAAGUUAAGAUGUGAUAAACUGCCAGCCUCAUCAAGAAGCAUCGGUGAACCCGAUACCGGACUGGCUCGGAUCCAGUUUAGCGAUGCGAUGAUUGAGAAGGUGUGCGAUUUUUACACACACCUCGAUGUGUUUAUACCGUAUCACAUCAUCACCACCGUCAUUAAAAUGAUGCCCGGUAUGUUGCUGGUUGGGGGCAUAUUUACGAACAACAUCACGCUGGUAAAGGUGUUUGCUUUGUACGGAUUUCUGGAAGAAUGUUACUUUGUAAUUGUGUUUUCUAAAAUAUUCGCGGUCAUGCUAUCGUUUGACAUUAGCGUCUGGGUCUAUUGGAUUGUUGUGUUUUUCUGUGUCAAGCUUUUUUUCGCUAUCUGGAUACUGCUGGGUGUGUAUGCAGCAGUGAAACCCCGCGUAACAACCCGAACACCUCGUGCGUAA